AUGUCUUUUAUUUUUAUUCCUACUGUUAGAACAUUACAUCAAGCUGAACUUGUUCUUAAACAUAAAAAUACAUAUUUAAGAGUAAAUUCUUCUCAUAUGGAAGUUCCAGAAUUAGUAGAAUUUAUUCAUCAAUUAGUAAAUAAAUAUCCAGGUCAAAAAAUUUAUGUUGAUCUUCAAGGAAGUAAAAUUAGAAUAUCUCGUUCACAACCAAAUCUUAUCUUAACAAAAGAUCAAUUAGUUGAAUUAACUAUUAAAACACCAACAAAAGAUACAAAAUCAAUUCAUAUUGGAAAUCCUAAUACUAUUAAAUUACUUUCUCAAGGAACUCAUGUUAAAAUUGAUGAUGGAAGAAUGGAAAUUGUUAUUAAUUAUAUUAAAGAUUCAGAAACUGCUAUAGCAACAGUUCUUAAAGGUGGUGAAUUAAAACCAGGAAAAGGUUUUAAUUUACAACCACAUCCUUUUAUUCAAAAUCAAUUAAGUGAAAGAGAUGCAGAAAUUGUUGAAAAAUUAAAAGAUAUUAAAGAAGUAUGUUUUGCUUUAUCAUUUGUUUGUGUUGUUGAAGAAAUUCAAGAUUUAAAGAAAAGAAGUAAUGGAAAAUAUGUUGUUGCUAAAAUUGAACGAGAAAUGGAUUUAGAAAGAUUAAAAACAAUUUCAAAUCAAUCUGAUGAAAUUUGGAUUUGUAGAGGUGAUAUGGGUGUUCAAUUAGGAUUUGUUGGAAUGGCUAAAUUCGUUAGAGAAUAUACUACAUUUAUGAAACAAUUAAAUUGUCCAUCAAUUAUGGCUGGUGAAGUAAUGGAACAUUUAUGUGAUAAUAUUAUUCCUACACGUUCUGAAAUAUGUUAUUUAGGAAAUUUAAUUGCUGAUGGUUAUAAUGGAAUAGUAUUAUCUGAUGAAACUGUUUUUGGAAAAUAUCCACAACAAACAAUGGAUUUUUGUUAUGAUUUUGUCCAACAAUACUUAAAUUAA